AUGCAUCGUCUCCCACCGUUACCAGUAAUACCCGUGAUAGAGCUGCCAUAUUGCCAGAAUGAGCUCACUCCACGGACCCUCUUCCCCGCGGACCCCCAUCCUUCCCCGGAUGGACGCAUGCCUCCGCUUUAUGCUCCUACGAGCACGCCGUCUUCUAGCCUCUUAGAUUCCACCGGAUCGCAACGGCCCAGUUAUACUUCCACACCGGAAGAUGAAGAUUCUGCUCGCCCAGAGCAAGACCGUUCCAACAUGGGAAGCAACUAUACCUCUACUACCUCUCCUCCGAUCGAUACCCUUCACUCGUCGCAAAACCAUGACCUAACCUCACUGCCACGCACGCCUUCUCUUCAAAUAUGUACCGACUUGCCAACGAUAUGUCCCUCCGUUGUGCCCUCAUCCGACAUCUCUCGUGAGCCUAGUAUAUCCCUUCGUGCUAGUACAUCGACUACCAGUCUACCCCGCCGGGCACCAAGUAUUCGAAACGCCCUUACAGCGGCGCACUCCUGUGCCGGGUCAAUUUCUCCCAGCUCUGUCAUCUCUUCCCCACAAUUAGCUGCCUUGACCGAUAUCACCCCCUUGCCGUCGCCUAUUCUACCAGGUUGCCCGCCAUGGAGGUCCGGAACGAUCCAUCCACCGUCCCGGACACCGUCCACCUCCUCGAGAAGCAGAUCUACAUUCAGUAUCCGCAGGAUUGGGUCAUCGGAAGGAGUACAUAGAUCCUCAUCUACCAGACGCCAUGUUUCCGGUGGUCUGGCUCCUGAAUCUCAGCCGUCUGACCUCGAGCCUGCCUCUGAGCAUACCCGACAGAAUGAUCAAAGUCUCAAUCAAAGUCUGAGUGAUGAUUCCCAAGAGGCCCCCCAUCUCCCUUUACCCCACAAAUCCUCGCUACCAAAUGCUAUACCACAUAAUGGCGCAUUAUCCCAUCAAGAAAUAAUUGGUCGCACCAACAUGCAUCGCGAGGAAUAUUUGGCUGUACAACGUGGAAUAGCGCUGCCCCCGCUUGUUUGUCCUCCAACACCCCCACAUAGUGCUCGUAGUAGUUAUGAUAGUAGCGAUACUGAUGUGGUACCAACGCUGGUGGCACCGACCUCUCACGCUCCUAUAUACUGUGUCAAAUCUGUGAGAACACAGCAGCCUCGCAGGUACCGAAUGCUCCGCAGAUUAGGUCAGGGAACAUUCAGCCAGGUGAUUCUUGCUGUGAGAGACGAUCCCGGAGAUAAUGAAUGCCCUGCUGCCGGUAGCAAUACAACCAUGCCACCUAGGUUGGUGGCAAUAAAAGUUGUCGAGUUCGGUCCAGCUGGUGGUGCGGACGAAGAAAGAGUGGAAAUCUCGCUACACCGGGAGGUUGAGAUUCUCAAGUCCGUCAACCACCCAUCGCUCGUCCAGUUGAAAGCAUUUGGAAGCGAUAAAAAACGAGCCUUAUUGGUUUUGGACCACUGUCCUGGUGGUGACCUUUUUGAGUUCGCUAGUAGAGCAGUGACACCUCUAUCACAGCAUAUUAUCCGGAGAAUAUUUGCAGAGCUUGUGGAUGCGGUGCGAUAUUUGCACGCAAACUUUAUUGUGCAUCGUGAUAUUAAACUUGAGAAUGUGCUGGUCAAUAUUCCUGCGCCAGUGAUACAGGAUGUCUCCGAUUGGCAAACGUAUCCUUGUGCCCUUGUCACGCUGAGUGACCUAGGCCUAUCGCGGCGCAUCCCUCAGCCACCUGAAAGCCCUCUUUUGAAAACGAGGUGUGGUAGUGAAGACUAUGCGGCCCCAGAGAUACUUAUGGGUCAACCGUAUGAUGGCCGGUCAACAGAUGCCUGGGCGAUGGGAGUCCUGCUCUAUGCGAUCAUGGAAAGCCGUCUUCCUUUUGAUCCGUUGCCCGGAACCAAAGGGGACCCUAACAAGCUUCGAGCGCGAACUCCACACCGAAUAGCCCGCUGCGAAUGGUCGUGGUACCGAUUCGCAGAUGAGAAUGGAGAGUGGGAUACUGCCAGGGGAGAGGGACGGGAGGGUGCACGGGCCUGUGUUGAAGGCCUGCUUCGGAAAAGCAUGAAGCGGAUGAGUCUGGAUGAGAUCGCGAAGAUACCGUGGGUGCAGGAAGCGAUCAAUGUUCCGGGAGGGUUGAAGAGAGGGGAUGCAGAAGUUCCAUAG